UUACCAAGUCACAAUGAUGUUCAACGAUAACGUGCCUAACUUUCGAAUUGCCGAUCCCUGACUCAAUAAACGGGAAGCAGGAGCAUGUCUUUCCCACUUGAAAAAAGGGCCCCGACCUUGGACUGGUACAACUUCACGUAUGAAAAGGAAAAUGAUAACCAGUGGCUAGGAUGGAGAGCUUCAGUCACCAUGAUGAGGGGCGGAAUUCCUUUUCGCAUUUCUGACUGCGAGAUGCUAGUGUUCCACUCAAGUCUCAAUUGGCUUUUUCGAUACUACUGCUUAUGCAUAUAUCUCGGUGCUCUCAUCCUCCGCUGGGUUAAAAAAGUGCGCAUAUUACCUCCGUGCUAGCGCUCACAACCACAAUUGCAACGGGGAAUUGAAUCCAUCGGUAGCGACCGCAGCAAUAUGUUGAAAUACGCCCUGCAGCGUGG